CAAAGAAAAUGGCGGCCACUUGUUGAUCCGCACAUACAGAAGUUGUUCUUCGUCAAAAUCGUGUCAAGUUUACCAAUUUUCUUUGGAGAAUGUUUGGUGAUAAAGCACUUGAGCUUGUAAAGGAACUGAAAAGAUCUAUGGAUGGCACUCUGCCACCUUAUAAUGAGGAUCUCGUGAGGCAGGUCUUGGAAGAGAUGAAGAUACUCUUUGAGCAAAAUCAGAAAGAAGUGGCAUUAACUGUUGAAGGAGAAACUGGUUUAUUCUCUGGAGUGCAUCUGAGACAUGCUAGUUUGGAGAGAAAUAAAAGAUGUCUACUCUCCUACAUCUAUAACAGGAUGCUGAGAAUAAAGGGUCUCCGAUGGGAGUUUGGAACAGUUUUACCUGAUGAAAUCAAGUAUAAUUUAUGUGAACAAGAGGUUGGUGAACUUAAUAAUUAUCAUAACCCUUUUCCCAGAUGAAGAAUAUUCCAUUGACAGCAUUUUUACGUAAGAAGUGGAGUUUGCAUCAGGCAAGAUAUGAAGCCACCGAAAUCACUCUACAUAGAGGUUCGAUGUCUGGAAGACUACGGAGAGUUUGAAACAGAGGAUGGAACAGUUGUUUUAUUGAAGAAGAAUAGUCAGCAUUUCCUACCAAGAUCUCACUGUGAACAUCUCAUCAGACAAGGAAUUCUAGAACACAUUCUGUAGAGUAUGAGACCUACCCCAUCUUGGGGGAAUCCACUCUAUUUAAAACAUAAUUAAUUUUGUACAGCUCAUAUGUACAAAAAGACAAUCGUAGGGAUGUUUUGGACUACUAUUAGGGUAAAUUCAAUGUGUUAAAAUUCUAACAUUGCUUUGAGGGUUAAGAGAUAAAAUAAAAGAAUUCACAUUAAGUUUGAGCCAUAAGUAAAUGUAUUCUCUUGUUUUAGUCCCCUAAGCCUUGGCAUUAUGUUAUACUGAAAUUGGCCUCUUCCAGGAACAUACAUGUGCAUACCACUGCAGUUAGUUGUAAGACCCUCAAAGAAGUUUCUUUUUACUUGUACAAUUUGUUAAUUUGGUCACUUGGAUCGUAGUGCAUCAAAGAAACCAAAGAAUCCACUCUGGGCAAGGAUUCUUUGGUUCCUUUGAUGCACCAUGAUCUGAAUGAUCUUGAAUUAAUCUGCUUUGUGAAUAAAUGCAAAAUUCUUUUUUGGAUUGAAGAAUCCACUCUUGGAUUCUCCCAAAGAAAUGUUUCCUUACUAUCAGAAGGCAUAUUUCACCCUGUUUAAAACAAUUCAAUAUUGAAAUACAAAUAAUCUGAGAUUCAAAAGAAAUGGAAAAUAAACAAACCUUAAUUUGCAUCA